CAUGGACUCAAACAGCUCCAUGUAAAGCGUGUUAAUGCAAAAGUUGAUCAGUGAUGCAAACUUUGGCCUCUGGUGUGGCUCUUUAUCAGUUGGAUCACUCGGAAGCUAUGGGACUAAUACAUCAUCUAUUAAAAGAAGGCAAACGCAGUGCGCAAACACACACAGAGGAGGAAGAGGAGAAGUUUUAGCCUUGAGCUUGAACAUUUCGUAAUCCUGAGACAUGGGCCAAAAAGGGUCCAAAUUACCAGAGGCCCGUGUCUUGCUUUUGGGUCUGGACAAUGCUGGAAAAACCACCCUGCUCUACAAACUCAAACAUAACAUCUGCGUAAAGACCAGUCCGACCGUGGGUUUUAACGUGGAAACGAUGGACGCGAGAAAAAACAACAAGAAUAUCACCGUUACCAUGUGGGACGUGGGCGGACAGGGCGCAAUGAGACAGCACUGGAACAGCUACCACCAGGACACCGCGGCCAUCGUGUUUGUGGUGGACAGUUCGGACCGACGACGCUUUAAGGAGGCGAAACGUGAGAUUGAAAAGACCCUGAGCAGUGACCAGCUGCGCGGACGUCCUCUGAUCGUGCUGGCCAACAAACAGGACAUAGACGACUCGAUGACCGCCUCGGAGAUAAAGAGCAACCUCACCAUAAGCAAGUUGUGCCCGGACCGGGACUGGUUCGUUCAGCCGUGCUCUGGGUCCACGGGCUUCGGGGUCGAGGAGGCUUUCACGCGGGUGGUCAGCAUGAUUAAACCCUCACACGUCACUGGAGUCAAGAGCAACAUCAAGGAAACGGUGAAAUCCAUCAGAAGUGGGAGUAGAUUGUAGACUUUGACUUUGAGUGACGGCACAUUCUUCCAAACCAUGACGCGUUUUGGCACAGACGCUCAACAUUACGCACACAGCUUUACUUAAUUUGUAGUUCAUGUUUGGAUGUCUUAAAUAAACACAUGUGAGAAAUGUAACCCUUAAUGAUGCACUGAUGCAAAAAGAAGAAGGCAAGCUGACUGGAAUGAGAGAGGAAAGAACGUGCAUAUAUUAUUUAAGAGUUGAUCGAUUAAC